AUGACCUACUCACGAUCAGACCAAGCAGUUACUCCUCCCCCUCAAGUUCAGAGUGCGUCCUCCGAGCUCUGUUGCUCCUCAACUUCCUUCAACAUGUCGGCCAAGCACUUCAUUAACGACCCCACCCUCCUCGUCAACUCUGCUCUCCGGAGUCUCACUUACACGAAUCCUUCUCUCGCCCUCGACCCCGCCAACAAGAUCGUCUACCGCCGACCCAGCUAUGCUCCCCGCCAGGUCUCCAUCGUUUCGGGCGGCGGCGCUGGUCACGAGCCUAGCUUCGCCGCCAUGGUAGGCCACGGUAUGCUCUCCGCCGCCGUCUCGGGUACCAUCUUCGCCUCGCCUUCCUCUGAGCAGAUCCGUACCGGUGUCCAGUCCCGCGUCGAUACCUCGCGUGGUGUGCUCGUUACUGUCAUGAACUACACUGGUGACGUGCUAAACUUUGGUGUUGCCGUCGAGAAGGCGAGGGCCGCCGGUAUCGACGUGGAGAUGGUUGUCGUAGCGGACGAUGUCGGUGUCGGUAGGGAAAAGGGAGGAAAGGUGGGAAGGAGGGGCAUUGCGGGUACGGUUCUGGUGCACAAGAUUUCUGGGGCGCUCGCCGCCCUGGGACGGCCUCUUUCGGAGGUUGCUAAGGUUGCAAGACUUACCGCCGAGAACCUUGUCAGCGUUGGGGCGAGUCUGGAGCACGUCCACGUUCCCGGGAGGUCCCUCACCGACUCGGCCCAGGAGAAGCUCGCUCUUGGCGAGGUCGAGCUCGGUAUGGGCAUUCAUAAUGAACCUGGUUCGGGUCGCGCGAAAGUUGAACUCCCCGAGCUCGUCAAUAGGAUGCUCGCUCAGCUCCUCGACCCCAACGACAGGGAUCGACACUUCCUUCACGUCAACUCGAACGAGGUUGUUCUUCUCGUUAACAACCUCGGAGGCGUGAGCGUUCUGGAAUUGGCCGGUAUCACCACCGAGGUUGUCGAACAGCUCGAGAAGACGUGGAAGAUUCGUCCCGUCCGCAUCAUUAGCGGUACCUUCAUGACCAGCCUGAACGGCCUUGGCUUCAGCAUCACCUUGCUGAACGUCGUCAACACUGAUAUUGGCGGUCCGGGCAUGAUUGAGCUGCUGGAUGCCCCUUGUGAGGCGACAGGCUGGUCGGCCCCGGUCCCCAAGAAGACUUGGGAGGAGAAGAAUAAGGCCGAGAGGACAGAUACUGUCGAUGCGAACAAGCCCAUCAAGGAGAGUGGCCUCAAGUGGGAUACUCAGACUGCCACUGCCGCGCUAACAAAGGGUCUCGAGAGGCUGAUUUCAGCGGAACCGGAGAUUACCAAGUACGAUACGGUUGUUGGUGAUGGUGAUUGCGGAAUUGGCUUGAAGCGUGGGGCCGAAGCCGUCCUAAAGCACAUUACCGAAAACCCCUUCACGGGCGAUGUAGUUGUCGACGUGGCCAAGAUUGUCCCCGUCGUCGAGAGCACCAUGGACGGCACCUCCGGCGCGCUCUUCUCCAUCUUCCUCAACGCACUUGUCCAUUCCCUACGGAGCCAAGGACCCGGAAGGGCCACCCCCGCCGUCUGGGGCUCAGCGCUGCAGAAGAGCGCCGAUGCGCUAGGCAAAUACACACCCGCGCGCCCCGGCGACCGCACCCUCGUUGAUGCGCUUAAUCCCUUCGUGGACGUGCUAGUCAAGACAGGCGACAAGGACAAGGCGGCUCGUGGCGCGAGACUCGGCGCUGAGCGCACUAAGGGUAUGCUGCCUGCGCUCGGGCGGUCGGUGUAUGUUGGCGGUGAAGGCUUUAAGCAGGUGCCGGACCCUGGGGCGUGGGGGUUGGCGUGCUUCUUUUCGGGUCUUGCGGGGUCGGACCCGAAGGAGGAGGGAUGGGAGGCAGUUUAG